UUUGCCAGUUUCGCCACCUUGCACGAACAAACCGCUCGUGCCUCGUGCCGGCCCGGGGUCCAGCGGCCCGGGAGCAGCAGUUGGCUCCGAACGCUGUCGUCGGAAAGCGGCACACCCGUUUGCGCCAGCGAUCUUCCUCCCAGCCGCUCAGGGUCACAGCUGAACCAGCCGGCGAGAGCGUCGCUGGAGAAAGAAAGAGGCCUGACCACGGAGCGCGAUGUCACCUACACGACCCCUGCCUCCGGCUGUGCGACACAAAGCAAAAACGACGACACGCACUGCGGUGGCGGCUGCUCGUGCUAGAAACGCACCCGCUGCUCGAACUGCAAGACCCACGGUUCCGGCGCCGGCAGCCCCGAGGACCGGUGGUGGAGCGGCGGCGAGACCCGCCAUGAUGGCCGCGCCUCCCGCGAUGGCCGCGCCACCUGGAGGCCUCAUGAUGCUACCGGCAGCCCAGCCGGCAGUGUGGUCACGUGGCCCGUUCGUUCAGAUGCCGACGCUACUGCUCGUGCAGCCCAACGUGCAACCGAUCGCGGGCUGUCCCGCCGGACUCGAGUACCUGGUGCACGUCGACCAGCUGCUAGUGCACCAGCAGUUUCAGCUCCUGGAAAUGUUCAUACCGUUCGAGCAACAGAACAAGUACGUCGUCAAGAACACCAUGGGCCAGUUCAUCUUCAUGGCGCACGAGAAGAGCAGCCUGGCCAGCCGCUGCUGCUGCGGCAGCUGCCGGCCCUUCGAGAUGUCGCUGCUCGACUACCGCCGCUUCGAAGUGUUGCGGCUGUACCGGCCGCUCCGCUGCGCCGACUCCUGCUGUUUUUGCUGCCUCCAGGAGAUGGAGGUUCACUCUCCGCCGGGCAUCAUCAUCGGAUCGAUAAAACAGGACUGCUCCUUCAUCUUUCCCUACUUCUCGAUCCGGGACAGCAGCGGCAACGUAGUGCUCCGUAUCAUCGGGCCCUGCUGCACUUCGUCCAUCUGCUGCAGCGACGUCGUCUUCGACAUCACGACCAGGGACGGGAUAAGAAAGAUCGGCCAGCUCUCGAAGAACUUUAACGGCCUGUGCCUGGAGGCCCUUACCGACGUCGACAACUUCACGUUGAUCUUCCCGAUCGACCUGGACGUCAAGAUGAAGGCCACGCUGCUAGGCGCGGUCUUUUUGAUUGUUUCGCUACCUGCACGAACAAACCGCUCGUGCCUCGUGCCGGCCCGGGGUUCCAGCGGCCCGGGAGCAGCAGUUGGAUCCGAACGCUGCUGUCGGGAAGUGGCACACAGGUUUGCGCCAGCGAACUUCCUCCCAGCCGCUCAGCGUCACAGAGCUGAACCAGCUGGCGAGAGCGCCGCUGAAGAAAAGAAAAAGAAACGAGGCUUGACUACAGAGCGCGAUGCCACCUACACGACCCCCGGCUCCGGGUGUGCGACCCAUGGCACCAACGACGACACCCACCGCGGCCGCGGCUGCUGCUGCUACAAACGCACCCGCUGCUCGAACUCUCAGACCCACGGUUCCGGCGCCGGCGGCCCCGACGGCCGGUGGUGGACCGGCGGCGAGACCCGGCAUGAUGGCCACGCCUCCCGCGAUGGCCGCGCCACCUGGAGGCGUCAUGAUGCUACCGGCAGCCCAGCCGGCAGUGAGGUCACGUGGCCCGUUCGUUCAGAUGCCGACGCUACAGCUCGUGCAGCCCAACGUGCAACCGAUCGUGGGCUGUCCCGCCGGACUCGAGUAUCUGAUGCACGUCGACCAGCUGCUAGUGCACCAGCAGAUCCAGCUCCUGGAAAUGAUCAUACCGUGGGAGCAGGAGAACAAGUACGUCGUCAAGAACACCAUGGGCCAGUUCAUCUUGAUGGCGUACGAGAAGAGCGACUUGGCGAGCCGCUGCUGCUGCGGCAGCAGACGACCCUUCGAGAUGUCGAUGCUCGACUACCGCAGCGUCGAAGUUUUGCGGCUGUACCGGCCGCUCCGCUGCGACAGCGGCUGCUGCUUUUGCUGCCUCCAGGAGAUGGAGGUUCAAUCUCCGCCGGGCGUCAUCAUUGGCUCGAUAAAGCAGGACUGCUCCGUCGUCUUUCCCUACUUCUCGAUCCGGGACAGCAGCGGCAACGUAGUGCUCCGGAUCACCGGGCCCUUCUGCACUUCGUCCAUCUGCUGCAACGACGUCGUCUUCGACAUCACGACAAAAGACGGCAAAACAAAGAUCGGCCAGCUCUCUAAGAACUUCAACGGCCUGUUCCUGGAGGCCAUCACCGACAUUGACAAUUUCACGGUGACCUUCCCCAUCGACCUAGACGUCAAGAUGAAGGCCACGCUGCUAGGCGCCGUCUUUUUGAUUGACUUCAUCUUCUUCGAGAGCGCCGCCGGUGGGUCCAACAUGGAUCUUCCUGGCAACAUCAUAAAUUAGCUAUUCGACGACCACCGA